AUGGGGCGACCGCACUGCCUCCUCGUCGCAGCGCUCAUUCUUGUCCUCGCCACGCUCCCAGAUUCAGCUUCAGGAAACCUCCAGCAACCCAACGUUCUAAAGCGCUUCGUGACGACAUGGCGGCAAUGGCACGGCGCGGUAACUUCCCGCUCGUCCACGUCAACACUGCUGCAGAACCGGCGAUACCUCAGCACCGAUCCCGCGGAGGCUGCUGACGUGGCGCGCGUGCUGCGCCGACAUGGUGGGUGGUGGCACGACGCGGACGGCCAGGCGUACGUUUCAACUUCUGGAGACGAGGGGAUACAGGAGGUGACUGAUGACGUGGCAGAAGGCAUCGUUUCGCGGAGGCGGAGAAAGCUGGCUGCGGCAGGGAACACGACGGGUCCGUGCACUCCGCUCGCUGACGCCAUACUCAUUACAGUCACAACUGAAGAAGACAUUGCUAAGCGGACACAGUAUCCAAACAAACAAACCGUUAUAUUGGAAUUGGCCAAUGACAUCACGCUAUCCAAGGGACUUGUUUUCGGCGCUGCGUAUCGGUGCACCAUCUUCCGGUCGAGCGCGGCUAAAGCAAACUACAAGAUUGCUUAUAUGGGGGAUACGCAGCCACUGCUGCUUAUAGCGAACACCAGCAACGUGAUCAUCCUUCGCAUUAAUUUUUGGAUGGGUGUAACGAUGCGGUCCCCGGAGUGUACUGAUUUCCUGUACACGGAUCUUGGAUCGGGCAACACGUGUCCUACAAUUAUGCUGUGGCGCGUGCACAACACGCAGGUCGCCAAGGGCUCUUUCUACGGGCGUAUUGAUGUCCUCCGAGCCAUGUCGUCGCGUGUUGACAGCAUGAAGGGUACCGGGUUACCACUGUUCGUCAAGUCCCCUGGCGUCAUCCGAGUGUCCUUUUCGGGGCGUGGAUCAGCCAAUCAUUCUUCUGAAUGGCGCAGUCGGGGUGAUGGUCAGAAGAAACUACAUCCACGACUUCUUAUUCGCUGGAAUUCGGAACGUUAUAACAGACGUGAUUAUGAAGGGGACGCAGAAUACGCCUGGUUGGGUGGCGUGCUUCACGCCCACAAGCAACAACUGCCUCACACACUCUGGGAUGUACUGGGAGCAAAUGCGGCUAAAAUACUACAAUUCACCCGCGAUAUUGAAGGAGUACCCAUGGUUUCCUACCGUAUGCAAGGAGAGGGCAAUCAACGGGUAUCUAUGCAACAUAGGCAGACAAGGGACCUUGUCAGGACGAAAGACCGGCUACUGUAG